AUGCCCAAUCCCAAAAACGCCCCUCCGGCCCAUUCCAAGAUCACCGACGAACAACUCGCAGACUGGAGACGUGGCGCAAGCACAGCAUCUACCGGUCCAAUCCCGCAUGGGCGACAACCAAAUCUCGAACCUCGUCCGACAGGCCCUCCGCCCACCAGUCCGACCACUGCCAAACAUCUUCGCGAUGUAGGCUACGACAACAGUACCGGCGGCGAAGAACUAGAGCUCGAUACCUUUUGCAUCUGCAAGAAGCCACUACCGCAAUAUCUCGACGAGAACAAGAUCAUCCGCUGCAACAAUCGCCUUUGUAAGAUAAACAUCUUCCACCUACGCUGCGUCAACCUCCCCGGGUUGCCGACUCAGCACCUCGCCUGGAUGUGUCCGCCUUGUCGGAACGGAUUCAUGGGCUCUACGAACGAUGAGACUGGACUGUUUGAUCCUGAUGAAGGUAUGCGUGCGGGAAUGAUGUCGGCGGGGCAGUGGGUUCAGGAGGAGAGAGAAAGGGUCAGAAGGAAGAAGGAGAGGAAGCAAAGAGAGGAGCGGGCGGAGGUAAAGGAGCGGGCGCUCCCGGAGGUAGAAAGCAGUGCGGCUCCCGGGGCUCGAGGAGUAGUGGGGGGAACAAUCGCAGACAUGGUGAGGGCUGCAGCAGAGGAUGAGAGGAGACUCCAGUGGCAGAAGUAUUUGCUCGAAACGGCGUCCCACCAGGCGGAGUUGAGAUCUCGACAAAGACCGGAGAUGAUAAGAGAUGCGGACCGUGGGCUCGCGGCAGGUGGAGAGGGAGUGCAGGACGAAAUGACAGGCGAAGGAGGAGAUGAAGAGAUGAGGACGGUCGCGCUUGAAGCCGGGGAGGAAUCAGCGUUGGCAAAGCAGAAGACACAAUUCACCUUCGUCGAGGAGCAUCCGGAGGAAUGGAAUGACCGUCAAAGCCCAGAAGCGGAUGUGGGCAAGCUCGGUGGACCCGGGGAAGGCCACGAGGCUGGGCAAGUCAGCGGACGGGAAGCAGAUCAUGUCGAGUCGGGAAAGAAGAUUGACACGCCGGGCGCAGAGCAUGACAUGCAGGCUCCAAGGCAAGAUGAGCUCUCUGCGUUGGACAAUGAGUCCGGUGCAAGAAGAAACAGCGAGCUGAAAGAGCGUACGGAAAAGAUCGUGGAGGAUGUGGACCACGACAUGGGCGCUGAAAAGACCGGCAUGAUCACAGCGGAGCACGAGGGCGUAAAAGAGAAUAUCGAGCGACCAGCCACCGACGAAAAGUCGAUGGCCGAUGGGAUCAGCAAGGUUGCAGAUUUGGCGCCAGACUCGGACGUCGCUGUUCCCCAGGAAUUGGACGAUCAGGCGGAGGGAGCUACUCUUGACGAUAUGAUCACUGAGGCUGUCGUACAGCUUGAGGCUGAGAGAGUUUCAAAGGCGACAGCAGCGGCUGAAGCCGAAGAAAAGAUCGGAUCUGAAAGGACGGUCGAGGCCGCGACACAGGGCAAGGCCGAGAGAAACAGCGAAUUGGAAGCAGAGGACGGCAACGAGCUUGAUGUCGAUGAAGAGGUUGAUGUUCAUGGGGAGGAUGAAGCCGCACAGAGGGUUGUCGACGAUGCGGCAUCAAGUUCGGACGACGACACCAUUGUGGUGAAGCAUGUUCAGAGGGAGGGUGAUAGGCCUGCACGCUGA